UUGUUAGAUGUCAGGAUGUCGUUGAUAACGCUACACGUGUUACGUUGCCAAGGUUUGAAAAAGUUGACUAUUCCGCUCAGAUCAGUAGCGACCGGUACUUUCGUUCAAUCGCAACCGUGUUCUUUGCUCCAGAAGCAAUUGAAAAGAAUGUCGUACACAACGGUGGAAAAGGGUGCAUUAAACAGCACUGAUUACAGGCUUUAUUUCAGAAAUGAAACUGGCCCAAUUUCACCCAUGCAUGACAUUCCACUUUAUGCUGAUGAAGCUAAUAAAAUAAUGAACAUGGUUGUUGAGAUACCAAGGUGGACAAAUGCAAAGAUGGAGAUCAAUCUCAAAGAGACCUUAAAUCCUAUUAAACAGGAUGUUAAAAAGGGUAAAUUGAGAUAUGUGGCAAAUUGUUUCCCUCACCGUGGAUACAUAUGGAAUUAUGGUGCAUUGCCACAGACAUGGGAAAACCCUGAGGUAUUGGAUGAAUCUACUGGAUGCAAGGGGGACAAUGAUCCAAUUGAUGUCCUUGAAAUAGGAUAUAGGGUUGCAAAAAGAGGCGAAGUUUUGAAGGUAAAAGUUUUGGGCACUGUGGCACUUAUAGAUGAAGGUGAAACUGACUGGAAAAUAAUUGUUAUUGAUGUUAAUGAUCCUUUGGCAGAUCAAAUGAAUGAUGUAUCAGAUAUUGAAAAACAUUAUCCGGGUUUAAUGAAAGCUACCAUUGAAUGGUUCAAAAUUUACAAAAUACCAGAUGGUAAACCAGAAAAUCAGUUUGCAUUCAAUGGAGAAGCAAAGUCAAGAGACUUUGCGUUACAUAUAAUAGAUGAAGUCCAUCAACAUUGGCAAAAUCUUAUUAAGCGUGAAGCGCCGGCGGGAGGAAUCGCAUGUACUAAUGCAACUGUAGCGGGCAGCCCGUUCAAAAUUACUCCAGAGGAUGCUGAAGAAAUGCUAGAAAAGGCUCCAGAAGCAUUAGAACCUCAACCAGUAGAUCCAAUUGUUGAUAAAAUUUAUUUUAUUCCACCACUGCAACAUAAAUUAUAAACGUUCCAUGUGAUUAUUGUUUGGUUUCAGUCGAUAAAUGGCAUUACGUACACCUUAAGUGAGAGUAAAAGGGGUAUUCUUACAGUACAUCUUUCGAUGGCUACAUAUGUUUGCUUGUUUUAAUGGCACAUGGAGUACUGUGUAUUACUCCCACAAAUUGCUUCGUUAUAAGUUUUGAUACAUUCGAUAGUUAUAGAGAGUAUUUAAAUAUUACAGAACAUGUGCUUGCAGUACCGAAACAAGCAACACCUUAUGCACGAUGAAACGUAACAACACAAUGUGCACUAUUUAUUUUAUAUAGUUCUAUGAAGAGAAAAAACAUUAACUUUAAAAUAUGUUCCUUUUUCUUUAAUAUGAUUUAUUAAUAUAUCCUUGUUACUGUACUGUACAUGCAUCACAGUAAUGGAAUAGAAACUAAACAUACUCCUUUCCAAGGUUGUGAUACAAUUUUCCAUAAAUAAGCAGGUAAAGCUUAUUGUAGAUGAAAGUAAACUUAUUUUUCUUUCCAGUAUUUGUUAUUUUACAAAUAUGUAAUACAAUAAAUUAGUUUGCGUUCUCAA